AUGGGAGGCUCCCCUCCUAGCGGAGACUCUGUUCGUUCUGUAAAAGACUAUCGUCUACAAGUCGCGACUUCCCAGAAGUGGCCGACUAAACCAACAAGUUAUCCUCCGAUAACCUUCUCACCAAACGACGCUGAAGGAGUUCACGCUCCCCAUAAUGAUCCUCUUCUCGUCGUCCUUGGAAUUGGAGAGUAUGAUGUCACCAAGAUCCUCAUUGACACCGGAAGUUCCGUCGACCUCAUCUUCCGAGGAACUCUGCAGAAGAUGGGAGUUGAUCUUGACGACGUAAAAGCGUCCUCCAGAACGUUAACCGAAUUCAAUGGAUCCUCCGAAACUAUCUUGGGAACGAUCCGCCUCCUGGUACGCGCGUGUGGCGUUACUCGAACGGUUAAGUUUGCCGUUGUAAGCACAAAAGCUCCGUGUCACGCUAUACUCGGCACCCCUUGGCUACACUCGAUGCAAGCCGUUCCUUCCACCUACCACCAGUGCGUCAAGUUCCCUGGUACGGACGGAAGGAUAAAAACGUUGCGAGGGGAUCAAAAGGCCGCUAGGGAUCUCCUAGUCGCCACAGUCAAACUCCAACGGUCAUCUCUACCCGUUAAUUCUGUGUCUCCCCCAACCUCAAAAUUCUGUUCCCAGGAAAGCGAGGUUCUCGAGUUACCUAUUGACGAUGCCGAUCAAAGUCGAACCGUAAGGGUUGGUGCAAUCCUUUCUGAGGAAAUGCAGCAGUCAAUUCUGGAUUUCCUCAGGAAGAACGUGUCUACAUUCGCUUGGUCUAUGGCAGACAUGAAGGGCAUUGACCCGACUAUAACGACUCACGAACUAAACGUCGACCCAACAUUCAAACCUAUCCGCCAGAAGCGACUCGUCAAAAAGAAAAAUGGCAAGUGGCGCGUCUGCGUCGACUUUACCGACUUAAAUAAAGCCUGUCCAAAGGAUAGUUAUCCUCUUCCCAACAUCGACCGUUUAGACGAGUCUACGGCUGGAAACGAGAUGCUAACCUUCAUGGACGCCUUCUCUAGAUACAAUCAAAUAAUGAUGCACCCGGAUGAUCGCGAGAAGACGGCCUUCAUCACAGAUAAGGGAACCUACUGCUAUAAGGUCAUGCCGUUCGGUUUGAAGAACGCCGGAGCAACCUAUCAACGACUUGUGAACAAGAUGUUCGCAGACAAGCUGGGCAUCACCAUGGAAGUGUACAUCGAUGACAUGCUGGUUAAGUCGCUCCAUGCCACUGACCACCUCCGUCAUCUGCAAGAAUGCUUCGAAACUCUCAACAAAUACGGCAUGAAGCUGAACCCAGCAAAGUGCACAUUCGGAGUCUCUUCAGGCGAGUUCCUCGGCUACAUAGUCACGCAGCGAGGAAUCGAGGCAAACCCCCAAAGCAAAUAUCCACUAUCCACCGACAAGUGCCUGCCCUUUUACGAUCUCUUACGAGGAAACAAGAGGUUCAUUUGGGACGAGAAGUGCGAGGAUGCAUUUACCCAACUCAAGCAGUACCUGACAACACCUCCAGUACUCGCUAAGCCGGACGUCGGUGAUGUUCUAUCUCUUUAUGUCGCAGUGUCACAAGCUGCAGUCAGCAGCGUUCUGCUAAAGGAAGACCGCGGUGAACAAAAGCCCAUAUUCUACACGAGCAGGCGCAUGACCGGACCAGAGACGCGAUACCCAACCCUGGAGAAGAUGGCUUUAGCAGUCGUCGAAGCAGCGAGAAAGCUUCGACCAUAUUUCCAGUCACAUUCAGUGGAGCUCAAACUGGACGCUGCACGUCGAUGGAUCGUCGACCACCAAGGGAGCGGGUGCCAGAGUCCAACAACAGUCCCCGACCGGCGAACUAAUCAGGCAGUCUUUCAGUUUUGGCUUUCCCUCAUCAAACAACGAAGCAGAGUACGAAUCUCUGAUUGCUGGACUCCGCUUAGCAAAAGCCGUCAAUUCAGCGGCGACUACGAUGCCCGCAACGACCGAAUGGACGCCUAUCUCAAAAUAGUGCAAAGCCUGGCAGCAGAGUUCGAGUUCUUCGAACUCAUCAAAGUUCCCAGAGGCGAAAAUGUCUGCGCUGACGCCCUCGCGGCCCCCGGCAGCAAGCUUCGUGAUCAAGUUAAACGAACCAUCCCGAUACAUCGUAUCGAGAAACCAAGCAUCGAUAUACCAACCGACCAAACCCUCGUUGCCCCGGUCAUCGAACCCGCUACUCCAGACGACGACGGAUUUGGUCCAGAUUGGAGAACUGAGUUCAUCGACUACCUCUCAAAGGGAGAACUCCCAACCGAAAAAUGGGCAGCUCACCGACUAAAAACACGCAGCGCCCAUUACGUCGUUCUCGACGAUGAACUACACCGAUGGACCGCGAGUAAAGUGCUCCUAAAAUGCAUCCAUGGCGACGAGACAGCAAGGGUCAUGGCAGAGACGCACGAAGGCGCUGGCGGAAAUCAUUCAGGCGGACGUGCAUUAGCGAUCAAAGUAAGGAGCUUGGGAUUCUUCUGGCCAACAAUGAACGCAGACUGCGAGUCUUACGCGAGAAGCUGCGACAAGUGCCAACCUGAAGCAUACGCUCAAGUCACAGACAAAGAAGUCCGCGGUUUCGUCUGGAAAAACAUUAUUUGCCGCCACGGUUUGCCUUAUGAGAUCGUUACCGUUAACGGAUCGCAGUUCAUGUCAGGCAACUUCAAGGAGUUCUGUGGCAAAUGGAACAUUCGACUAAGCCCCUCCACUCCUCGUUACCCGCAAGGUAAUGGCCAGGCAGAAUCCUCCAAUAAACUCAACAUCGAUGGCAUUAAAAAGCGUCUGGACCUGAAAAAGGGUCACUGGGCUGACGAGCUCGACGGAGUCCUAUGGAGCCAUCGCACAACGCCGCGAGGAUAG